AUGGUGGCAGGCAAAAAUGGCUCUUACAAAGACAGGAAGAACGAAUAUGUUAUGUAUAAUUGGGAACUUGCCUUUCACAUAUCUCCUGAUGAAAACACACUGAAAAAAACCCAUCUUCAAUCCCGCACCGUGGGCGUGAGUGCAGCCUCCGUGCGCAGACAGUGUAACACCACCUUUGGCAAUGAAGUGACGUCCAUUCUGAGAUGGGCUGAAGAUGCAGGUAAAUCCACGGGCAUUGUUACCGCCACCCGGGUGCAGCAUGCCACGCCCAGUGCUGCCUAUGCACAUUCUGUCAACCGGGACUGGUACUCGGACUUUGAGAUGCCGAUGGAAGCACUGGAGCAGGGCUGCAAGGACAUCGCUCAACAGCUCAUCUACAACAUUCCUGGUAUCGAGGUCAUAAUGGGUGGCGGCAGAAAAUAUAUGUUCCCAAGAGACACCCCUGAUGUUGAACAUCCGGAUGAGUGGAAAGCUAAUGGCUCCCGGCUUGAUGGGAAGAACUUGGUGGAAGAAUGGAAACAUAUUAAAAGGGGCAAGAGAGCUCAUUAUGUCUGGAACAGGGAGCAGCUGAAAAAACUCGACCUGAACAAAGUGGACCACCUAAUGGGACUUUUUGAACAUGGUGACCUGCAGUAUGAGCUGGAAAGAAAUAAAACUUCUGACCCCUCGCUCGAAGAGAUGGUAACAGUAGCUAUUAGGAUUUUGAGCAGGAAUCCAAAAGGCUUCUUCUUACUAGUGGAAGGUGGCAGGAUAGACCAUGGGCAUCAUGAAGGGAAAGCCAGGUUGGCUCUAUACGAAGCAGUGGAAAUGGACAAAGCCAUUGGGAGGGCUGGCACAUUGACGAGAGACACUGACACUUUAACAGUCAUUACUGCUGACCAUUCUCACGUUUUUACCUUUGGCGGCUAUACAUUUAGAGGAAGCAAUAUAUUUGGCCUUGCUCCCUUUUUAAGUGAUGUGGACAACAGGUCAUUCACCUCGAUAUUAUACGGAAAUGGACCUGGCUAUGCAGUACAAAAUGGAGAGAGACCAAAUGUUUCAACUAACGAGAUCCGCGAGAACCAUUACGUGGCGCAGUCGGCCGUGCCCCUGAAUCAGGAGACUCAUGGCGGAGAGGACGUUGCCAUAUUUGCGAAGGGCCCAAUGGCCCACCUCCUCCACGGUGUACACGAACAGAACUACAUACCACAUGUGAUGGCGUAUGCAGCCUGCAUCGGACAGAACAAGGACCACUGUGCUAAUCUCAACACGGUGCCUUGUGACAAUAGUGCAUGGGUUGCUCAGGGCACCAAUGCCAUUUUGUUCGCUCUGCUGGCACUAUUGACCUGCGUCUAG